AUCAUCUUCCUGGGCGCAUCUUAUUUUCUAGCGGGUAGAGUGGAGAGCUCCCAAAUCUUCUCCCGUUCAGUCGCAAAAGGCAUCAUCUUUCUGCUCGUUGGGUUGGUGCAAUGAGAAGGCGAAGGUGGAAGAUAAGUGAAGUUAUUUGACCGUGUGCGAUAAAGAAGAUGCAUUCUCCAAUGCACGAGCUGCUUUUUCGUGUGCCGAGCUUUUUCCAUGAAAUGUGGCGUGCAUGGAACCUGGCCGAACGACAAUCUUUGGGCACCAUCAGAGCUUUUUCAGCGAUUAAAAUGGUGUCGGGAGAGGCCGCAGAGGAUAUUUUGGACAUUUUUUUAACUGUUUUGUGAAACAUAACGGUUGCGUAACUAGCCGUCAAUCUGGACGCGUAACCUAAAAAACGGGUCUUUCCAACCUUUUCCCCAAAAAAAUGUCUCUCCACCCCGCCCAUGAGUGUUCCAUGCCCGACCCGACGAUGAGGCGGUGAUGGUAAUCCAAACUCAACUCGGAGUCUCGAGACUCAUCGGCUCCUCCGUUUCCCAACUCCCAAGCGGACCCAGCGGUUUACCUUGCUUCCUCAGGGGUCGAGGGGUUCUAGCGGGCUUCAUAGAGCUUCGCCAUCGCGUCGGCGGUGACUGUGGGCACGGUCUUCGACUCUUUUUCUUCCCGUUUGUAUCUGGUUUGGCUUUUGCUGCCUUCAUUGCAUAACGAACAAUCAUAAUGGGAGAACUCGAGAGCAAACGCGGAAGCGCCUCGAGCGAAAUUCGAGAGCGGGUCUUCUCACGCCUCAGACCCUACUGCAUGGAGCUCCUUGAACUCACUCAAAACCCUAGGAAGAAUUCAUCCUUUCUCGUCGAGAUGACGGACUUCAUUCGCUGGGCUCCCGCGGCUGACCUUCAGCCUUUCCUCGAUUAUACCUUGCUCCCUCUCCUGCUUGUGCUGGACAUGGCCGUUCAGUGCAGGUCUGGGAAGAAUGGCAAUUCAAGUGGCUGCCAUGCUACACCCGAUUCCCAUUUUGGUGUUCACCUGAUUAGUGAUUCUGUGGCUGAAGGCACGUUGAGGUGUCUGGAGGAACUUCUUAGGAAAUGUCAUUUAGGAUCUGUGAAUCAGAUGAUUCUGGUGCUAAAAAAAAUAACUUAUGGGGCCUUGCUUUCACCAUCCGCAGCAUCUGAAGAAUUUCGUGAAGGAAUAAUAAAAUGCUUAAAAGCUAUGCUUCUCAGGCUACAACCUUGCUCCGUCGGAUUAUGCCCAUGCAAGGAAAUUUUUAUUUCUCCCUUGCUGGCUGCCACAAUUGAACACCAUUUACCCAAGUCAUCGUAUUAUGAAGAACCAGAAGAAUGCUUGCUAUCAUUUCUUCAAUCUAAGGAUGCUUCUGCUGCUGUAGGUCACUGGCUAUUACUACUUCUCCAGGCAUCAGAGGCAGAAGCCGCUAAAGGGCAUUGUGGAAGUGCGACCCUUCGGAAAGAGGCAUUUCUUACUCUUCGUGUGCUUGUUGCAAAGGUUGGAACUGCUGAUGCACUUGCUUUUUUUCUUCCGGGUAUGGUUAGUCGCUUCACAAAAUCUUUGCUUGUGACGAAGAAUAUGAUAAGUGGAUCAGCAGUUGAACAUGCAGUUCUUGGAUUAACUGAGUUCUUGAUAGUAGUUUUAAGGGAUGAUGUAAACCUCAGCGGACUGCAGACGUCCACCAGUGAGAUUACCUGCAGUUAUCAGCACAAGAAUGGAUCAACCCAAACUGUCCUGGACGUGCUUCGACAAUUGCAGGCCAAUCUUCAUAAUCAAUCAGAAGAUUUAAUUUCUCUGUCAGCCCAGACUCCUUCAGAAGAUGUGAGUAAGGUGAAAAAUCAUGAUACUUUCCUCGGAGCAAGAUCAUUGUAUGUGCAACGGACAAAGGAUUGGGUAGAUCAAACUUCUGCUCAUGUUGAUAAGUUAUUAUCUGCCAUCUUUCCGCAUCUUUGCGUUUAUCCUGCUGAGAAGGUUAGGAAAGCACUUGUUGAUGGCACCAUGGGCCUAUUGUCCAACUGCAGUUUUACUCUGCAGAGGAGCAGAUCAAUGCUUUUGGAGUGUUUGUGUGUUCUUGUUUGUGAUGAUUCAGAUGUCGUGUCUAGUGCUGCUGAAGAUUCCCUCAAUUCUCUAUUCAUUUCCGGCAAGAAAAUUUUAAAGAAAACAGAUUUUUCUGAAUUAUUUAUGAGGUUACUAGAAAAACUUCCGAAAAUGGUUUUAAGAAGUGAAGAAAUAGCUGCACUCUCACAUGCACGGAGAUUGCUUGCAUUAAUGUACUAUGCGGGUCCAGACCUUGUAGUUGACAACAUUUUCUGCUCACCUAUGAAGGUGGCUCGUUUCUUGGAUUUUUUGAUGCUUUCUUUUGGUCAUAAUUCACAGUUUACUGGUUCCAUUGAUAAGCUUAUUUCUUCUAAGCCACUCUCAGUUGGUUAUCUGCUCUCAGUUUCUGAGCUGAAGGCUGCCUCUCUUUCUGGUGAUUCAAGCCAUGUUAUCAAUGGUGAUGCUCUUCCUCUUGUCUCUGAGAUGCCGAUGGGAAGUUCAACAACGAACAUGCCUGGUGAUUAUGAGUUUCCUCGCAUGCCUCCUUGGUUCUUAAAUGUUGGGAGUCAGAAAUUGUACCUGGCUCUUGCUGGAAUUCUUAGACUCGCUGGUCUGUCAAUUAUGGCAGGUAACAGAAGUGAUGUAUCUCUAUUGGGCCUCAUUGAUAAUCUUUUGGAACAUGUCAGGAAACUCAUUUCUGAACUCAGAAUGAAAGGAUAUAACAAAGAAGGCUGGCAAUCGUGGUAUUCCCAAGGUGGUUCGGGACAGUUGCUACGCCAUACUAGCACUGCAGUUUGUAUGUUAAAUGAGAUUAUAUACGGAUUGGCAGACGAUUCAGUUAGUUCAUGUUUGAAGUUAUUUAAAACCGAGACAAAUGUUGAAGAACAGAAAAUGGAAUUUGUUUGUGAUAGUGAUCAACUUUCUACUUCCAGAAGGUCAGCUUGGAAAGUUCAUCAAGGCAAGGAUGCUAGAGAACACAUAAUUCAUUGUGUUGGGAGUAUUUUGCAUGAAUAUACAUCAUCUGAUGUAUGGGAUCUCCCUGUACAUCCAGCUUCUUCUCAGCUAGAUCCUGACUCAGUAACAAACCUGUCAUUUUAUAUUUUCAGGGAUUCUAGAAUGCUCCACCAAGUAAUCAUUGAAGGAAUAGGCAUCUUUAGUAAGGUUAUUGGGAAGGAUUUUAUAAGCAGUGGUUUCAUGCACUCAACCUUGUAUUUGUUGCUUAAAAAUCUUAUUUGCUCCAAUGGUCUUAUAAGAAAUGCAUCCGAUGCUGCAUUGCAUGUCCUUUCAGCUAAUACUGGCCAUUCUACUGUAGGCCAUUUGGUUGUAGCAAAUGCAGACUAUAUUAUUGACUCCUUGUGUCGACAAUUAAGGCAUUUGGAUCUCAACCCUCAUGUUCCUAAUGUACUUGCUGCAAUGCUGUCCUAUGUUGGUGCUGCUGAUGAAAUUUUACCACUAUUAGAGGAGCCGAUGCGUGCUGUUUCAUUAGAAUUGGAGGUCCUUGGUAGACAUCAGCAUCCCCAUCUAACUGUUCCAUUUUUAAAGGCAGUGAAUGAAAUUUCAAAGGCUUCGAGAUCCGAGUGUUGUAGGUUGCCUAGUGUAGCCGAGUUAUUUAAUACACAUAGCAUGGUGAAUGUUUCUUCUGCUCUAGAUGGGGAAGAAAAUAAUACUUCAAUAAAUAUGCCAGAAAAUGGUAAUGUCAUGGCCAUUCAGCUUCGCUUAGAACACUUGGAGAAAUUAUUAUUCAAGUUGAAUGAUAUGAGAAGAUAUAGAAGGACAAUAGGAUCUCUUGCAUCUUCAUGCUUAAAAGCGGCAACUCCUCUGGUUUCUUCACUGGACGAAUCAGCUUGUCUGGCGGCACUUGACAUUUUGGAGGAUACCACCAUAUGUCUUGCAAAGGUUGAGGAAGCUUACAGGCAUGAGAAAAAAACCAAAUCUGCAAUAGCAAGAGCUAUCCAGUCAUGUUAUUGCAAUGAACUGGAUGAUGAGAUUGACGCUGAAGAUGAAGAUGUUGAUGAAAACAGGCUGCUGCCUGCGAUGAACAAAAUCUGGCCUUAUCUGAUUCUUUGCCUGAAGAAUAGACUUUCAGUGGCUGUCAUCAGAAGAUGUGCAGCUGUGCUAACCAAAAUAGUCCAGACAGCAGGUGGAGAUUUCUUCAUUCGCCGAUUCCACACAGACGGACCCAUCAUCUGGAAACUAUUGACCACAUCGCCUUUUCGUCGAAAACCGUCGCCGGCAACCAAUUCCCGACCGUUACUCCUCCCAUAUCGAAACAGCCCGCUGACAUCCGAAGAUCCGAUGGCCGAGACCUCCAACAUGAAAAUUCAAGCAGCAAUUCUAAACAUGAUCGCCGACAUUGCCUCGAAUGAAAGGAGCGCUCCGGCGUUACAAACGGUGUUCAAGAAGGCGAGCGGUCUGGUUGUAGGAAUUGCCUGCAGCACUGCAGCAGGUGUGAGGGAAGAAUCCAUAAAGGCACUUUCAGGACUGGCCCAUAUGAAUCCUGACCCAAUUUGGCUUUUAAUGGCUGAUGUUUACUACUCACUGAAGGAUAAGGAGCUGCCCCAACCACCAAGUCCAGAUUUGGCGGAUGUUCGGCAGCUUCUGCCUCCUCCAUUGUCUUCCAAGGAGUAUCUGUAUGCGCAGUAUGGUGGGGAUACUUUUGGAUUUGAUGUUGAUCCAAUCUCUGUGGAGAGAGUGUUUCAUAAGUUGUGCUCUCAGGUAUUCAAUUGAAUUUUGUUCACCAUGUAUUACUGGUGUAUGUACAUUUGCAGAAAUACCAGUCAAGACAUAUAUAUUUACAUAUCUAAUUCCUAAACUUUGUUUCUUU